GUUUGCGCUGAGGUGGAAGUGAAGCAGUAGGCGGUGAGGCGGUGGCACAUCUAUCGAGGGCAGGGCGGUACUGGGGAGGAACGUUGCCCUGGAGCGCGCCGCACGUACCGAAGGGACGCGCUGAUUGACAGUCGGAGGCACGGAGCGCCCCGUGCGGAGCUCGCAAGCGGAGCACGCUAAUCUCACCGCAACACGUCUUGUCAACGGCAUUGUGUGAAAUUCCCAGAUAGAUCAGCCUGGCGCAGAAAAGAAAAAGAGCAAGAGUAUCCGUCCAGCGGCUCCGUUAUUGGAGGGUUUCUGGAGAAGUGGAAAGGACGCGGCGGCUCUGCAACUCUCUCCCCAUCUUCUCUCUACCUGUUCAGUGAUAAGUGGAAACAGUCUUGGCCAACCUGGCGCCUCAAAGUGUCCGGAUAACGGGAGUGGGUGGACGCAAAGGUCAGAAUGCACCAAGCAAUCUGAGCGAACAAAGAUUUUUGUCGAUUUCUUUUUGUGGACUAAAAGGACUGCGCUUGGUGCUUGAUCAAGAUAAAUUUUUGGGGGGAGAGGUUGCUCUUUUUUAAAAAAAAAAAUGUUAAAUGCAGAAUAAUCGCGUUUGUGAAUCUGUUUUUGAUUUCCAGGAGAUUGUAAUAGAAGAAAACUCUUUCUAAUUGGAAUAUUGGAUACGGAAGCAGGAAAGUCUGGAGGAAUUUAGUCUAAGUUCCCUUGGUGCGUAAUGUGUGCAAGUGCCGCAUAAGUACUUUUGCCUUGUCCGUUUUUCUACGUCCAGUACCCCCAUUUUUCUUUCUCAUGGAGUAGGCUGAAUCGCAGGUAAAGACUUAAAAAGAGUGGGCUUAUUCCCUGCCGCCCCGAAACACAGGCGGAUUCGAUGCGCCGAUUCUUCGUGUGAUGGUAAAUGACCGAUGGGGAAUCAUGAACAGCUCUUCUGAACUCGAAGAUGGAACUCGGCAUAAAAACCAGACGUUCUGUGAAUGUGUGCCCAGCUCCUCUCAACUCAAACAUCGCUGGUCAGAUUCAGAAACAGCCAGGGAGACCCCAGCUAAGAGGAUGAGCUGCAGCUACCUGCUCUGCACUAUCCUUCUCUUCGUGGCUGUAUUGCUGGCUGUCACUGUAACUGGCACCAUCCUUUUCAUGAAUCACUAUCAGGCUCCACCCAUGUCUGAUGGCCUACCCCACAUUUCUACCAACCAGGAUGAAGCCAAUGCCCUGGUCACUGUUGAGAGAGGCGAUGGCUCUCGCAUUAACAUCUUCAUUGACCCCAACUGUCCGGAUUACAACAGUAACUUUAUGCGACUGGAGGGUGUGCAGACCUCAUUGCUCCACUCACUGACCGACCACGACUCCGACUUGAAGUCUGUGAAAGGACAGGAUCGGGCUCUGCUUGUCAGUCUGGCUGAGGAGGUGGCCAAGCUGUCAGCCCACGCAGGCCAACUGAAAAUGGACUAUGAAUCUCUACGCAGGGGGCAGAGCAGCCUCGGGCAAGACCUUAACACACUGCAAACGGAACAGGGACGCCUCAUACAGCUGCUGUCAGACAGCCAGAUCAACAUGGUGAAGGUAGUGAACUCGGUUAGUGAUGCUCUUAAUGCCAUGCAGAAGGAGAAUGUGGGUCUGAAGGCACGUGUCAAGGCUGACUUACAAAGGGCACCAGUCAGAGGUGCCCGCUUCAAGGGCUGCUCCAACGGCUCACGUCCCCGUGACUGUGGUGAUCUGUACGCCAGUGGACAGAGAGAAGAUGGCAUCUAUUCUGUGUUUCCUAUUCACCACCCUUCAGGCUUCCAGGUCUACUGUGACAUGACGACAGACGGUGGAGGCUGGACGGUGAUUCAGCGCAGGGAGGACGGCUCAGUCAACUUCUUCAGAGGAUGGGAAUCUUAUCGUGAGGGAUUUGGCAAGAUCACCGGAGAACACUGGCUGG